CAAUUGUUUGCUGCCACAUACUACAAACUGUGGUUACCUCUACAGUUUAGAGUAAAUCAGCAGAAGUUACCGAAUUUUAAGCAUUAUUAACAUGUUUUUGAAGUUUGUAGUUUUUGCGGUAGCUGUUUCUGCAGUUGCAGCAAACAAUGCUGAAUCUUCAUUUCACAUGAAAUUUGAAAAAUGUGAAUUAGCCAACUAUAACAAAGAAUGGAUUAAGGAUAUGGUUAUUACUUGUACCAUUUUGAAUGAGACACAUUUUAAAGUAGAUGGUUCUGGACAUUUGCUUAAGGAUAUGAAUUUUGAUGAUGUCGUGGCAACUGGGCAAAUUUACGUUUGGGAUAAAGAUGAUUACGUCAUCAAGCCUCAUUUGAAAAUGACAAUGAAGUCCUGCGAUGAGUACUCGGCUGAACGGUUUGGAUAUUGGAAGGAAAUUGAAAAUCAUGGAAAUUUGAAAGGAUGUGGAGUUCACAAAGCUGACUUUUAUUCCGUCAAAGACUACAUUCCUCGCAUGAAAAUCAAGGAUGUAACCCUACAGAAGGAAAGUCGUAUUAAACUUAGUGUAAAAUUGGCACUUGAUAGUGCAGAGUUAUUGGAUCUACUCUUCUUCGUUGGAAUCGCACCAAAAUAAUCUGGGAGAAAUUCCGGCAUAAUUAAAAAUAGAUUUAUUUGUCAUUAUGUAUGCACAGCUUCAAACAAAUAGAUCAAUUAUACACUGA